GGGUCAAGUCUUCAAAUUCAAAUAUUACAGUGUCCACUAACUUUUACCUGAGUUACACUUAUGAUAGUAAAUCAUGUUCAUGGCAGAAAAAAAUACUUGACAUCAUGUUUAAAGAUAUCAAGCACCACCCUUAAGCUUUAUCGGAGUCAACGGAAGCCGACUAGUAUGUUAGCGACCAUGGCCACGUCACUCGGCCUACAACUUAGUGGGUUUGCUAAUUAGUAUGAAAGUUUGAACCUGUGCUAAACGCAAGUAAAAGUUAGAUUUUUCCCAGUUUAUCAAACCAGUAUGGCUACAAUUAGACGACAAACAUAAAGAAUUAAUCAUUUAAUAUGAGACCAGCCACAAUAAAAUGCGUAAAAAUCCCCGUACUGGCAGCAAAAUGAGCUGAGGACGUUGACAUGAAUUCCUAAAAUCACACAACCGUUUAAACAUUUAGUGAUAACGGCUUAAGCGUGUGACAGUUACGAACAGUUGUCAACGGUUACAGUUGGGAACGUUUAUCGGAAGAUUUUGGCCGGUAACACAAGUGUCAGAAAGCAAAAGUGAAGGAGAAUUUUCCAAGAAAACAGGAACCACAGAAACAGAAAUUAUGGACACCAGGCGUCAAUAUCAUCGAGUGGCUGACAACUUCUAAGGGUAAGUUAUAUUUAGUUAUGUCAAGUGAACAACUGCUGAGAUAUUAGCUACUAGUUAGCAGCCUCACGACGACGAAAUUGCACUUAAGUUAGCUUGACUAGCCUUUCAGUUACACCAGAAAACAGAAACCGCUGAAACAGAAAAUAUGGACAUUAGGCGUCGAUAUUAUCGAGUGACCGACAACUGGUAAGGGUAAGUUGUAUUCAGUUAUGUCAAGUGAACAACUGCUGAGAUAUUAACUAGUUAGCAGCCAACCAACGACGAAAUUGCGCUAGUGUGCUAGCUUGACUAGCCAUUCAGUUACACCUGUGAGCGAACGGUGCAUAACGUACCGUGACCCUGAAGAUCGGGUCUUAUUCAUGGGGUAUUCACCUCAAAAGUCUUCUUUUUCUGGCAGUUAGGUCCAGUUACUACUUUUGGUUAAUAAAUGAGACUUGAGCUUUGGAAAGUGGCUUAUUUUAUUUUAUGUUUUUUCAUUACAGAAGAAAACGGUUUUUUUUCCAACGGCAAGGAGGUGGUUUUGCCUGUGCAGCACCUAAAUAUGGAUACACACGAGCAAAAGGCAAACAAGCAUGGAUGCAAGGUUAGUAAAUUUAACACUCUUUAAAGUUGGGUUACAGACCAAACAAGCCUAUUCUUUCAAGUGGUUUAUGUUACAGUGUGUGUCUAUGUGUAGCAGUAUGGUAACCACUAUUUACAAAACAAAUUUUCCUCAGGCAAAGUACAAACAGGGAAGAGAAGAGCGAAAGAAGCUUCUCACCUCCGCACACAAGUACAUGAUUGAUAUCCUGGCAGACAGAUUGUACUUGGAGCCAUCAACAGUAGAAGAAUUUAUCCUAGAUUCCCCAUCUGUGAGUUGAUCCAAGUUUUUUUAGCUUCUGGUGAAAAAUGACUGAUGUUGAUGAUAACAGAAUUUUCAGAUUAGUAACAUUAUUACAGGAACUUAAGACUUUUGACUAUCAUAAGGUCUGAGAACAAGGAGUAAGAGGAGGAAGGAGUAAGUAACAUGUGGCAAAGAACAGGGAGUUGUACCUUCUCAUAAUAAACUCAGAGAAAAAAAAAUCAUUAAAUCAAUAAGCACAUUUCCUGAAAUUUCAUUUGUACUGCAGGUUUGGAGGAAUUCAUAGUGAGAGAUGAAGAGGUUUAAAUUUCCAGCCUCACAGAGUGAUUUGAGUGUACAUGCCUUUCAAGUGUUUAUUUAUGACUCACUGUGAUAAACUUUGUCCUCAUGCUCUUCUUAUUGAUUCUGAGGACAUGUUCUGAUGUUCAUAAGAUGGCCCCUUAUUUUGGGGGAUUGAACGUCUUGCAUGCUUGUGUUACAACUUUCAAAGUUUUUACUUGCUAUCAUGGUUUUCUCGAGAAACAGCUGGCUGCUUUUGAUGAAUUCUUUGCCAAAGAUGGUUGUACAACCAUUUCAUUUGUGUAUCAAGAGUCUACAGUCCCAGGAAUAGGUAAGCAUAAAUCAUGAAAGAUUCUCCUUUUGACUGUCUCACCUCAGAUAUUAAAAAAAAAACAUCUGGGAAAUAUAAAAACUUUUAAAUUGUAGUCAUUUUAACUGAGACAAAGAAGAUCUAAAAUAACAUACUUACAAGAUAUACAGCUGCAUUAAAGAGAUGACGUGAUUUUAUGAUUGAAUUCCAUUUCAGUAAAGUUUUAGAGCCAUUAUUUAUAUAAUCUGGGAUUAAAUUUUUUUUUAAUAAAUGGUGUAAAUGGUGAAUUUCCUAACUUUAGGAGUGAAGGAAUGCACAGACUGAAUGCCAUUUUUCCUCUGUUGAAAUAAAUGUUGAUUGCAGAGUGUGGACGCUUAUUUCCUGGAGCUACUAAAGGGGAAAACAUUUUGAGGCUGUUUGUAGCCAAUUUGCACCAAACACGCCUCACUGGUGUUUGCUGCUCUUUCACUAGAGCUAGAGUGGACAAGCCUGUGAAUUUAGAAAACAUUCAUGAGGUUAGUCUACUACUGUAUAUGUGUUCUUGGUUAUUUUGUUCCUAAUUUGUUCAUUGGUUUUAAUCAGAACCUGUUCUUUUGGCUGAUGUAUUGUGUUUUAGAAUUCUAAACACAGUGUAUUGUGUGAGAAUUCUGUCAUUGAAAUAACAUGCAUCUCAUUACUUUUAAAGAUACUUAGAUUUUACCAUAGAAUUCAUGAAUGGAUGAAUGACUUUGAUGAUGUUUUGCAGGAAAUCUGCUUUUCAAUGGUAGAUGCCAGAAAUGGCCUUCUGAGGGGAAUAAGGAAUACCUUCAACUAUUUGCUGCCAGCCCUUGAAGUACAAAACUGGGGUCCUUUAAAUAAGUCUACAUAUGGACAAAGACUUAUAAAGAACUACAAGUACACUGUAAAACAUUGUCUUGACUCCUUACUUGGUAAGCCAUUUUUUCUCUAUUUUAAUUAUUCUAAGGUUUCAAGUUUGAAGGGGCUUACAUUAGUAGUUAGCAUUUUGUGUUAAUCCAAACAACAUUGUCAGGACAAGCCUAAGAAUUAUGCAAUACCUAUUUAGAAUCAUAUCAUUAUGGUGUGAUUGCCUGCAAAAGUUUAGUUAAUCUUUAAUUCCUUUUUGUUUGUUUCCCAGAUAUCCAGAGGCGCAAUGAGAGUAUUGUUCGUCUGAAAACAGUCACAGACAUUGACUUUUCUAAACUGUCCACUUUGGAGGAUAUGAAAGAAGCAGCUGCUGACAGUGAUUUAGUCAAGAAACUGGAAGAAAUUCUGAUGCAGUUGCAAAAACAAAUCGAACAGGUUGGCAACAUCCAAAAUUUAACAUUUGCGAUAUUAACACUUAAAUGUGGUCAGACUUAUGGGAUAGACUCUCUCUGUAUCUGUAAUCAAUAGGUUCUGAUAGAAUGUGAUACAGUGAGGGAAGUGGAUGCUUCUGAAGGACCACUGACUGAGUUAGAAUACUGGAAAAAAAUGUCGCUCCAGUUCAACUCCAUAAUCAGUCACAUCCAAGGGGUGGAGUGUAAGGCAGUGGUAAUGGUGCUCUGUCUAAGGGACCCCAGUCUUGUCAAGGUAUGGACACUAGAGCCUCAUUCCAAUGUUAUAAUUCUGUAAAUUUGUUCUGUAAUAUUGAAUUUAUUUAUUGAAAUUAUUGUGAUAUUGAAGCUGUAACAUUUCAUGGCAUUGUUUGUAGGGGUGAUUGCUUGUUUGUCAUCUUAAACUUGUUUGUCAUUUUAAGAUAAACAUAUUUACAUUUAUCUUGUAACACACCUGCGGAGAAGCCUCUUCAAUUUCAUUAUGGUUAAACCCUGCAUAAUGACAAAUAUAGGCUGUUGUGUUUUAGAGGACUAAACUUUGUCAAAUACAUGAAUUAGGUAUAAUUCAAGACUAGUAUCACUGAACAAUUGAAUAUAUGAAUCUGUGAGACUCAUGUCAGUGCAAGUAAAAAUAUAUUUGUGUAAAGGCAACAAUUUUAUUGAACUCCCAACGCUAUUACGAUUUGAUGAGGAACACCUUUCAUUCUUUUCUAUAUAAACCCCAUUCAAAGGUACUGCCAGCCAGAAGAUAGUGAGAUUUCAUUAAGAGUGACAGUCACAUGGUAUUCUGUGUCUCUUUUGCCCGUUAGCAGGGAGUUCACCGUGUAAUUUUUGAGCUCUAAAGACAUCUAAUUUGAGUUUUCAAAAGUUUUGCUUUAACUUUGACUUCCUUAAUCUUUUUCAGCAGAUUUUCUUUAGGUGAUUUGAGUUCUCUGAUAGGUGAAAACAUCUUUUUUGUUCCUGGAACAGAAACUAAAGUGCAUUUAAUGAACUCAAAAAUAUAUUUUAACACUGCCUCUAAGUUUUAAGGAUAAGGAAUACAAACUGGGCCUUUCUAACCAUAUAACUUAUGCAUGUAGAUGUGGCAGGAGCUGGAUGGCAGGAUAACUGAUCGUUCUAAUGAGGCGAAAGACAACGUGCAGUUCCUUAGCAGACUGGAGAAAGUCUGUCAGCCUCUGUAUGUCAGUGACCCAGUAUGUAAAGUCAAUUAUUUAAUGGCUACUUCAUCAUGUCUAAGAAAAAGUUUCCAGAAUCGUGCAAUAGAGCAAGUUUUUUCUAUAUUUAAUAUAUGUUUUCAUUAGAGAAGUAAUGUUUGCUUAUACUUGGUUAUGUUGUGGUUAAUUUAGAUUUAUAGAUAAUUUUAUUGUGAUUUUAGGUUGCCAUGGUGAGAAGUGUACAGGAAAUCAUCAACGGCAUUCGUCAGAUUUACAAUCAGUCACUCUACUUCAAUACAAGUGACAAAAUAUCUGUGCUGCUCAUCAAAGUAAGUUUUAUAGUUAGUGGAAGAAAAUACAGCUUUGCUCUUAGUUUUGUCCUUGAGUUUUGUCACUCCAUUCCUGAAUAUGUUUCCAGGUUACAAACCAGAUGGUUAUGGUGUGCAGAUCAUACAUUACAGAAAAUGGCCUGAUAUGGGACCAAGACACUGAAGAUGUUGUCAGGAAAAUGCGGGUGAUGAUGACACCUACCUCAAUGAACAUCUGUGGUGUUAUUGCAGAGGCUUGAAAGUAACAUAAGUUGACAUCUGCUUGUCAUCUCCUUGGCAGGACUGUAUCAGCUUAUAUCUCGAGUAUCGGGCUAGCUUCCAGAAAACACAGGAGCAAAAAACACAACAUUUAGGAGAGAGAUCCUUUAAGGUUUCAGAGAUCCAGAUUUUUCGUAACUUUGAGAUGUUUUGCAAGCAACUUGAGAAGGUGCAGCUGUUUUUUUUUUAAACUCUUACGUUAUGUCACUCAUACUAUAAAGCCUUGUAGGGUUAAAAAAAAAAAUCUUUUUGUCACAGAUAAUACAAAUAAUAGAAGUGUUCAAGAAGUUUGAAUCUCUGGGAAAGUCCAACAUUGAGGGCAUAGAGGUUCUGAGCAGACUGUUCCACACUGUGUCCAUGAAUCUGAAACAGAAGCAGUAUGAUAUCUUGACUCCGGGAUUGGCUGAAUUUGAAACAGAUUUUUCAAAGUUCAUGUCUCAAAUCAGCUACAUUGAGGUACGCAGAAGUUACUUCUGAUUACAGUUUGUAUUGUAGGUACCCUGCAUUGUCACCUCUCCACCUCUAAGAAAAGUUUAAUUUUGUUAUUGUUACUGUCUUUGUCUGCAGAUCCAGCUACAGGAAUUCACAAGCUCAAGCUUGUCAAACAUCACCUCAUUUCAUCAUGCUGCGUUCCUCAUACAGGGGUCAGUGUGAUACAGUAGACCAACUGAAAGAUUGUAUUAUAGUCAUUUGAAUUGUUAGCAAUUUGACUUUAUAAUUAGAAUUCUGAAUUAUCUUAUUUGUAGUUUCCAGAGGCUGAACUUGUCAUGUCUGGACACAGAAGUUAACAAGGCAGUGGGCCUCAUGCUUGAAUCCUAUGCCAUCACCUUACUCUCUACAAAAAUGGUAACCCAUCUUGCCAGAGCACAUGCUCAAAAAAAGUGUAAUUUCCUCUAAAAACCUAGAGGGUAAAUAAAUAAAGAUUGUUAUCAACUAUACAGCUAAUUUUAAUUUUUUUGUAGCUCUUUGUCAAGCAGAAAAAUUGCCCUCCCAUAGCGAGAAAUAUGCCUCCCGUUGCUGGAGGGAUCGGUUGGGUCAGGCACCUCUACAAAAAAAUAGAGGAUCCCAUCAAACUCAUACAAGUAAGUCCCAAUUUCACCCUCCAGAACAUUUGAAUAAAUACUCAUUGUACAGACUAUUUUAACCUUGGAUCCAUCAACAGAAAAACUCUGACGUCCUGCUCAGCCCUAAGGGUAAAGAUGUGGUGCAAAUGUUCGAUAGUGCUGCAGCUGCAUUUACCGAGUAUGAGCGUGUUUGCUACAGAAAAUGGAGGAGUAAAGUGUCCCAACAAUGCUAUGGUUAGUUCUCUGACUCUAACUUUUAAUGUUGAUACCCUUUGCCUCACAGUGAACUUUGGUUACAUUACAGUAUUCCCUUAGCAUUCAUUUCGUAUACUUUCUUACUCUACUUUGCAACAGCCUUGAAUUAUAAUCUACUGGUCCAACAACCAAAGGAGAGCAAGUACAUGAUCAAAUUUUCUCCCAAAAUAAGAGAGAUUAUUCGGGAGACCAAGUGUUUGUUGAAGAUGGGUUUUGAGGUCCCAGACCAGGCAUUACAAUUGGUUAAGUUGGAAACACAUUUGAAUGCCAUCCAUAACCGACUACAGGUAGGUAAUUAAAAUUUCACAGAUGGAUAAUACCAGAAUUUGUCGCAAUAACUGCAUGUUGUCUUUACAGACCAUUUUGACUCAAUAUGAAUCAGCUUGUGAAAGCAUACCUGAGAAUCUUGACAGCUUGAUGGCAUCAAAAAUGAAAAAUGUAAGUAUUUUAAGAGAAUGAUCUUUGUUGUAAAAGAAGAAAAUUUGAGUUUUGGGGGAAAAAAAUAAUUACGCAUAUUUAUGUUUACGUAUUUAGAUAUAAACGUUUGGGUUCUUGUCUUCAACAAUCUCUUAUCAAUUGCCAGGUGGAAUCUGUGCUUCAACGUGGGUCAAUGCUGCUCACCUGGUCAUCCAACCUGGACAACUUCUUUCAAGAUGCUGACACUGCUUUAUCUGAGUUUCAACAUAUUGUUAAGAAGGUAUUGUAUUGAUGAAAAGCAAAGCGUAAACUGUUAUUUCAGAUUUUACAUUAAUUACAUCACCGUAGUAAACUAACUGAAUUGAAAUAGUUUUGCAAUAUUUCUGUUUUAAAGUCAUGUCAAUGCAUUUUCUAGGUGCAGGAUAUUUGUAAAGUCCACAUAGAUGAUGUCCUCAAAGACAUCUCAGAGACAGUGCUCAUUGAACUCCCAGAGGAUCGUGCAUCUUGGGUUCAAUACCUGAUCCACUGUAACAAGGUUAGUGCUGUUCGUGCCCAACUUUUUUAUCACCAUGUUAAUUUUCAAAAUAAAACAGAGCUACCACAUUAUUAAUCUUAUUUCAUGUCAUGAGUCUUCAAUAAAAUGAUCAAUAUUUGAAUAAUGAUGAUAUGUUAUUUAACCAUUGUAUACCAAAAACAGCUCCAGAAAAUUUUGUUUUGCUUUGGAUGUUUUUUGGCCCACCAGUCCACUUAUAUUCAAUGUUUUCUUUGUAGCGUCACUGUGAGGAACAUGCAAAGACAUUGGAUGCCAAAUGUAGACGUGUUAAAGAUGCGGUGAAGGAGCUGGCUAAUCUGUUCAAUGCCAUUGGUGAAUCCAAAACUAAUGAGAAAACUGGUAAGGAGCCACACCCAGGUACUCUCAAGUCCCAAUUUGAAAUGUUACACAAGGUUCAAAAUAACAGAAAUAAAGUUUUACAGCAAAGUAAAAAAAAAUACAGGAGUGUUUUUUUUUUUUUGUUUGUUUGUUUUUUCAAUUUCUGUAACUGAACUUUUAGGACAGAGGGAAGUGAGAUUCUCAGAAGAGGACCCGGAGACUUCUGAUAACGAAGAUGAGGUAAUAACUUUAAAAAUUCUACAGAAAGACAAAGAAGUCAAAUUUGUAAAAUGACCACAAAAAUGCUUCAAAAUCUUUAUUUUAGGAGUUCAAGGGGAUUUAUGACAACUUUUCUGCAAGAGUAUUAGAUGCAUUGGUCAAAGCAACCACGUUGUCUCUUGACACUUUGAAAUGGAGAAUAUGUCACAAGUAAGUAUGUCUUUGUCAAUACGUAAGAAAUAGUCUUGUAACUAAAAAAAAAAUAAGACUUCUACUAAAUCAACUUCAAUUAACAGGGAAUCAAGUGGUCAAGUGGAUUUACUCAUCAAAUCUGAAGUUCAGCUGGUUUUACCUAACAUGGUGAGUUCAUACAAGUCAUUAACGAAUCAAUCUUGCUCUUGCUAAUUCACUUGAAGGGGAUAAGGAUAAAGUUAAAUCAUUUGCCAAACUAAACAGAAAAUGUUUAUCGUACAUAUGCUUUUUAUCAGGUUAUGGUUCCCAAUCUCAGUGAGAUCCAACAAAGUAUAGAUCAGCUCAUUGACUCGGUGCUGGAAGUAAGCAAAGGUAUUGAUUGGCAGUGGGAAUACACACAUGAUUCCAGUGGAAACAAAGGUAAGCCAUUGUCAGCAUUGAGUUUUCUUUAACUCUAAUAAAAAGACAUUUUCAUGCAGUUACAAUUAAAAUUCUGAUCAUUUUGUCUCAGCACUGCAAAGUUCGUGUAACUUACAUUGCUACACAGCCUGUAAACUAUCAACAGUAAACAAAAAAAAGUCUUGGCUUUAAAUCCAUCACGGGUAACACUAGAAGCCCUGAUAAAAGCUCUCUAUCACUUUCUGUGACUUACUCACCUUCAAACAAUAGCUGAUGAGUUCGCAGAUUGGUCCUAUGGUAUAAUUGACUUCUUUCGUGUGUAAUCCACAAGUCUAAUUGAGUGAAUUUUACGAUCUACUGCCCUGCCAUGCUGUUUUCAAUUCAGUGUGUUAGCAGUAUUGGUUAUUGAUGUAUAUGACUACAACUAUCAAAUGUGUUUUUUUCUGUUUGUCAAGGAAAGGGAAAUUUCUAUCGCCAAGUUGUUGAACACAAGGAGAUCAAAAAGAGACUGCGCACUCUGAGUGCAGACUUCUGCUCCCAGAAAGGACGAGAAGAAGAAAUUCUGAGUCAAUUCAGUCCUUUCAAAGUGAUCUUGGACCAGGACAAAAACCUCAAGGUCAAGGUAAGGCACCAAAAGUGGUCCUGUUUUGACUGCCAAUACAAUGCUUGCUGAUUAACAUCAUAAUUAUUUUGACAUUUCAAAGGAAUUCAUCGAUAGCCAACCGUCUCUGAUGCGGAUCAAAUCUGAAAUCCAGCACUACAACACCAUCGAACAAGAAAUUGAUGAUAUCAAACCUAUCAUUGUUCUUGGGUGUAUCGAAUUGUCAACAGGUGAGAAAGCUGCAGCCACCUAGCCACAUGUAAAUAAAUUAGCACCCUUCUCUAAAUACACAUUUUGUGGAGGCAUUUGGUCUCAUUCCUCUAAGAAAUCAAUAAGAUAGUUAGGGUGUUACAACUUCCAGUCAGAGGAUGGAGCCAAAGCGUCAGUUUUCACUCGACUGCAGUGUGAAGUGUCAGUAUUGUCUUUUUUUCUCUUGUGUUCUGUCCCAUCAGGAACACAACCUGGUUUAUGUCAUGACUUGUUGGGGUAACAUAAUUUGAUCCUCUUUGCUGUAACUCUUGUCUCUUGUAAACAGAGCCAUUGAAGAAGUCCUUAACAGCUGAGACCAGAGCUUUGAAGACACAGUUGUGUAAAUACCUGAAGGAAGAGUACAAGAAGAAAAUGAUAGACACGAGCAUACAUAUCAGCAAAUACUUCAAACAGCUCUCUCAUCCUGUGAAUAAUCUGGAAGAUGUACCCUGUGUCAUGGGGGACCUGUCCAAGCUUCGGGAUGCUGAAAUACAAACAGAUAUGACAUUGAAUUCCAUUGAAGUAUGAAUCACAUCAUUAAUCAUAUACAGCGUCAUAGUUAAAGAACAGCUGUAAUAGUGACUGGACUCCAUGCUCUGUAGAGAACUAAAAUGUUUCAUUUAGUUUUUUUCCUUUUUCUUUCACAGGAAGCCUUUGACAUUUUAAUCAAAUAUGGAGCAGAGCUGACCGAGAAAGAAGUAGAGGGAAUGUCAAACCUUAGACAAUUCUUCAUGGAGCUUCAAACUAAAGCUGUUUGUAUUGUGAUUAUUCCUUUUUUCUCUUUUUAUUCAUUAUGUGAUUUUCUGUAACCCUGCUUUGUUCUUGGUUUUCCCAGAGAUCAGUGCAAGAUGAACUUGUUCGUAAACAGCCCAAGUUCAAACAGAACCUUCUCGAUUGUGUUACUGUUUUCCAAUCUGAUGUUGGCAAUUUUAUGGGACAUUAUGAAUCAGUAAGUGAGGAUUAUUUUAAGUGUCACCAGGUUGUCAUUACUCAGUCUAUUUUUUUCUGCUAAGCAGUUCCUUUGCAAUUUGUUUUUAAGGAAGGCCCCAUGGUUGAGGGAAUAGCUCCUCAAGAAGCCAGCCACAGGCUCCAGGUCUUUAAGGUAACAUUCACAAGUAAAGUAAAGCUGUCUUUUCUAUCAGCUAACUACAAGAAGCAUGUAAACAUUGUAAUAUAUGACAUUAACUUACCGAUCACUUUUUUUUUUCUCAUUCUUAUAAACCAAAUACUGCUUUUUACUGAAACCUUUCUUCAUCACUGUUGUGCUGCUGCCAACCCAACCACCAAAGAAAGCUCUGUAACUUAUAUUUUGUGUAGUAGUGGAUAUGCUGUACAGUUUGAUUUAGUCUUGUUUAAAUCAGUUCAAAUGCAGCAUUUAACAACAACAAAAAAUGGCACAGUCCUCCAGGACUUAAUUGUCUUUGUAAGUAACACAGCUGCUUUCUUCUUAUUCUGUUUAGGCAAAUUUUGAAGAACUGUGGAAGAAUUUCACCCUGUAUAAAUCUGGAGAGCAGCUUCUUGGUUUGCCAGUGACGGAGUAUGACUGUCUACACCAAAAAAAGUGUGUUAUCUCACUUGAAAAGUUUACCUUUUCCCUGUAUCUUUACUCUUGGCUACUUUGUAUCUCUUUGAGACCUUUUGUAAUUUAACAUGUCACUGAUUUUUCUUAAAGAAAAGAGCUUGACCUACUACAGAAACUUUAUGGCCUGUAUGAUGCAGUGAUGGGCAAGAUUGAAGGUUACUACAGCAUCCUGUGGAAAAACGUGGAUAUUGAAAAGAUCAAUGCAGACCUUUUGGAAUUUCAAAACAGGUUAGUUAUUAGUUAUUUUUGUUAGUUAUGUUAGUUUUGUCAGUAAGUUAUUUUUGUGACUGUUUUGUUGCCAAAUUGUGAUCCAGUACAUUACUAGGGAGCAGCUUAGUUUUAGUUGUUUUGCUGAAAUGUAAACAGAUUAUUUUGAAAGGUACGUUUUUUCUAAUGUAGGUAAUUAAUCAAAGAUUAUGUUCAUAUUUUUAUUCAAAUCAUGCACUUUUUUACAUUAAUUUCUAGAUGCCGAAAGCUACCCAAAGGACUCAAGGGCUGGCAAUCCUUCUUUGACCUGAGGAAGACAAUUGAUGAUUUUAGUGAGUCGUGCCUUUUGCUUGAGAUGAUGGCAAACAAAUCUAUGAUGAGAAGACACUGGGACCGGAUUACAGACCUGACUGGGCAUCAGUUUGAGGUGGAGUCUGAGACCUUUAUGCUUCAGAACAUCAUGGAAGCCCCUCUGUUGAAGUACAAGGAAGAUGUUGAGGUUAGUUGGUAGUUUUCAUACUCUGCUUAAAUCCUGCCUAAACUUCUAUCCAUAUAACUAACAUUUUCUUUUAUCUGUAUAUUUGUACUUCAGGACAUCUGUAUAUCAGCUGUGAAGGAGAAAGACAUCGAGGCAAAGUUGUUACAAGUGAAAGCAGUGUGGUCUGGCCAGAUCUUGAGUUUGAUGACAUUCAAAGACAGGGGGGAACUUAUGCUGAAAGGUGCAGAGACAGCAGAGAUUCUCACCUUUCUGGAGGAUAGUCUGAUGGUGCUGGGGUCACUGCUAAGCAACAGGUAUGACAGAGCAAACCUCGGCUGCACAGAAAUUACUAACACCUUGACCAAAAUACAGACCAUUGUUUAAACCCAGGUAGUAAAAUGGUUGAAGUGCACAAAAUGAUUGAACAGAAUGAGUAAAUAUAAAACAAUAAAAUGAACAUCAACAGAUAUUUCAGAAAGGAAAAAAAAGACAAUGAUUAUGGUCUGUUUGUAAAAUGCACCCUCCUAGACUCCAUGCCUGCAAAAUGUAUGUCUUUGGGAACUUAAAUCCAUGUGUGUCAAACAGAUACUGUGCCUACUACAAAGCAGAGAUCCAGGACUGGGUGUCCAAACUUUCAACAUCUUUUGAUGUGAUUGAACAGUGGAUUAUUGUGCAGAACCUUUGGAUCUAUUUGGAGGCUGUGUUUGUUGGGGGUGAUAUUGCCAAGGACCUUCCACAGGUACGGCCUAUGCAUCGUAUUUUACUGCCAACCAAAAUUCAAUGUUGACAUCUGUUUUAUUAAAAUACUGACAUACUUUUUCCUCUGUAGGAAGCAAAACGUUUUCAGAACAUUGACAAGUCCUGGGUUACAAUCAUGCAGCGAGCACAAAAAGUCCCAAAUGUGGUGGAGUGUUGUGUGGGUGAUCAAACCCUAGGACAGCUGCUGCCAGAUCUUCAGAAACAGCUGGAGUUUUGUCAAAAGUCUCUUGCAGGGUAAAGUGUUUUCUGUUUUCUCACUUUGUUUCUUUUUAACAUAUUUCUUCUUUCAGCAACAUCCGUUUUCUUAAAACACUUUUCUGGUAGUUCUGUCAUAUAAUGUGAAAUUAUUCCUGUUGUAAAGGCAAUCUAUUUUCCAUACUAAGUUCUGCAGUUGUUUUUAUAAACACCAUUGUAUGAAAGAUUCAAGCGACAUAGACGUGCAGUUAUACUAAGGCAGCCUUACUGAAAGAUAACAGCAGAGCUGGUUCAUCAUAUCACUCAUAAUGACUCUUUGCAGUUCGUGUUAUUUUUACCAUUUCACUGUCAUCUCUAUACUCAUUCAUGUGUUUUUGUUUUUUAUUGUUUUCUUUUAUUCCCUGGUAAGUUCAACAGCAAGUUACUGCCCGGAAUGAUGGCAACAUUUGGUGGAAUGAUGUUUACACAGAUGUCAUGUUAUUACAUUCAACAGGUACCUUGAGAAAAAGAGGCUCUUGUUCCCGCGGUUCUUUUUUGUGUCUGAUCCAGCCCUUUUGGAAAUCCUUGGACAAGCCAGUGAUUCUCACACAAUCCAGGUACAUUGCAUGGAAACCACAGAGGGGUUAACUGUAACAAAAAUUUUAUUUAACUAUUACAAACUUUUGUCAAAUUUAUUCUGUUUUCCUGUAAGUGCUAUAAAUACUGCAGACUGAGGCAACGUCAUUUUUGAAAUGUGGAAAAAUUAGCAAAAGGGAAGUAGAAUGUGACCUGGAUUACAUGUAAUUAUUAGUAUUAUACCCAAGAAAGCUAACUUAAGGUAUGAUCUACUUUUCAGUCACAUCUACUUGGAGUGUUCGAUAAUGUCAAUGAGGCUGAGUUUCAUGCAACAGAAUAUGACAAAAUUUUGUCUGUAAUCUCACAAGAAGGAGAGAUCUUGCCGGUAUGUAAUUUCAGUUAUAUUUUCAGAUUUUUACUGCUGUGUCAUUCUGCAUGUGCCAUUAAGAAACUGAGGAUUUGCAUCCAGUACAUGCCAAUGUAUUAUAUUGCAUGAGCCUGUUGUGUUUUGUGCGAAAUUUACUGUAUAACUGAACACACUUGCUGCUUUCAUGUAUUGAUGACAAAUAUAACACAGUAAUUGUGUGUUUUUGUUUUCAGCUGGAUACUCCAGUAAUGGCACAGGGACCAGUGGAGCUUUGGCUCGGGGAGCUGUUGAUACAGCAACAGGCAUCAUUACACUCUGUUAUCAAAGCUUCAGAUCUAGAGAUCAAUGAUGAAGACUUUGAUCUUCUCCCUUUCCUAGACGAGUUUCAAGCACAGGUAAGAGGACAAUAGAGAAGUAUUGAUAAAUAUUUCAAAGUACUUGAUAGUUGUCAUGCUAAGUAGCCCCCAAAUAACUAUUCUUAUACAUAAGGUUGCUUGAGCACCAUUAAGCAAGAGUAACAAGUCAGACUCCUAUAGAAUGACUAUCCACCGUUAGUCAAUUUUUUAAUACUUUUUUUAUGGCCACAUCCAUCAAAAAACAUGGAAGGUUGAUCAUGACUUUAUUAGGGGAAUCCAGGUUCUCUUCCUGCCUCCCUUCAUAACUGGGACAGCCCAACAAAUUGCUGACUAACCUUUUUUUUUUGGUACAUAUCAUCAUAUAGAUAUAUUACAGCUUUGCACUUGCUUUUUCAGGUGGGAUUGUUAGGAAUCCAGAUGCUUUGGACAAGAGAUGCAGAGGAGGCACUGCGCAAUGCUGAAUAUGACAGGGAAAUCAUGCCUGCAACCAAAAACUAUUUCCUCGACCUACUUCGCACACUCAUUAAACAAACCACCUAUGACCUGAGCAAAUUUGACCGAGUCAAAUAUGAGACACUUGUCACAAUCCACGUGCACCAAAGUGAUAUAUUUAAUGACCUGGUAGGUCUCUUUAAAACAUCUAUUUUCUUUCAUAGCUCCUGAUACAUUUCAUAGUGAUGAGUUUUAAUUUCCUUGGCACUUUUGUAUAAAUAAUGUUUGCUGCAGAUGAAAAAACGAAUAAGAUCUGUGGGUGACUUUGAAUGGCUGAAGCAAAGCAGGUUCUACUUCAACGAUGACCUGGAUAAGAUAAUUGUGUGUAUCACAAAUGUAGACUUCAUUUAUCAAAAUGAAUUCCUCGGCUGUACUGAUCGUCUAGUCAUCACCCCUCUAACUGACAGGUUAGUCUAGAGUUGCACAAAUUAAUAUUCAGUUAAUAACAAACUUUUAAAUAAUCUUUGGUUCCUAAGUUGCCUCUAAGAACCACUGUUUUAUCCGCAGGUGUUAUAUUACACUGGCCCAGGCUCUGGGCAUGAGCAUGGGUGGAGCCCCUGCAGGGCCAGCAGGUACAGGGAAGACUGAAACCACUAAAGACAUGGGUCGCUGCCUUGGCAAGUAUGUGGUGGUAUUUAACUGCUCGGACCAGAUGGACUUCAGAGGACUUGGAAGAAUAUACAAAGGUAACCAAGCAAUGCAAUGACUCAUCCAGGAGUUUGUUGUGGAGUUUGAAUUCAUGUUUAAUCUAUUCUUUCAUCAGGCCUUGCACAGUCAGGGUCUUGGGGAUGCUUCGAUGAGUUUAACAGAAUCGACUUGCCCGUGCUUUCUGUUGCUGCUCAGCAGAUCUACAUUGUUCUGAUGGCACGCAAGAAAUACAAAAGCACUUUCAUCUUUACCGAUGGAGACUGUGUGGAUCUGAAUCCGGAGUUUGGCCUCUUUAUCACUAUGGUAGGAUACACAAAUAUGAAGGAAUCUUUCAAGAAAUACCUUACAACACAAAUGAAAGAUUAAAUAUACUGGGGCUAACCUGUUAUAACAUCAUGUCUAGAACCCUGGUUAUGCAGGUCGCCAAGAACUCCCAGAAAACUUAAAAGUGCAAUUCAGGACAGUGUCAAUGAUGGUGCCAGACAGGCAGGUUGGUAAAGGCUACCUAACCUUUAAAGCAGUAUUUUUUCUUACAGCUCCAAUCCUUCCAAACAACAUGUCUUCACUGUUUUUUUUUUUUUUUGCAGAUCAUCAUGAGAGUGAAACUUGCCAGCUGUGGAUUCAACAACAAUGUUAUCUUAGCCCAGAAAUUCUUUGUUCUUUAUAAACUGUGUGAAGAACAGCUGACAAAACAGGUGAGAAUCACAUGGCCAGCUUCUCAACAAUGAUUUGAAUGAUUAAAAACCCUCUCACAUGGAGUCUGUUUCUUUUAGGUCCACUAUGACUUUGGCCUUCGAAACAUCCUCUCUGUAUUAAGAACACUGGGGGCCUGUAAGAGGGCACGGCCUGAUGACACUGAGUCCAGCAUUGUCAUGAGAGUCCUGCGUGACAUGAAUCUUUCUAAACUGGUAUGACAAAAAAACACUGCUAUUUAUCUGAGAUAAUGAAAUAAAAAGUAUACAGCAUAUACUGUGUAUUUCAGUCUUAAUGUUUUUUUCAGGUUGAUGAGGAUGAACCCCUCUUCAGUCAUUUAAUUGAGGACUUAUUCCCUGGUAUCCAGCUGGAUGGGAGCACAUAUGUCGAACUUCAAGCUGCUGUUAGUCAUCAAGUUGAGCUUGCUGGUAUUGUCAAUCAUCCACCAUGGAACCUUAAGCUGGUUCAGGUAGUCCAGAGCUCUUUCAUGCUGUUCAUUGUCUCAUACAGUCUUUGUUUGGAGAGUGUGUUUCAGAUUUGUUGAUGUUUCUGUCACUAUCAGCUUUAUGAGGCUUCCCGAGUUCGCCAUGGCCUUAUGACUUUGGGCCCGAGUGGAGCUGGCAAGACAACAGUCAUAAACAUUCUGAUGCGGGCCAUGACCGAAUGUGGGAGCCCGCACAGAGAGAUGCGAAUGAACCCCAAAGCAAUCACUGCACCACAGAUGUUUGGUCGUCUUGACGCAGCCACCAAUGAUUGGACUGAUGGGAUCUUUUCCACUCUUUGGAGGCGAACACUAAAAGCCAAGAAAGGUUUGUACCAAGCUUGAUGUACACUUACACAGAUUAAGUAUUUAAACAAAUUUCUAUCCUUGAAGCUUCCCGAACAUAGUAUACCUGUAUUGAUAAUUUUUAAGAACAAAAUGUGGGUUGUUGUGGUUGGUUACUUGAUGCUAAUUUCUCCAAAAAAUCUUGCAUUUCUGUAUGAUUAGUUGAUUCUAGAAUUGCAGACUGUAUAGAUGCAAGCUUGAAGGUAAUAGACAAACUCUUCAUUCUAGGGGAGUUCAUAUGGAUUGUGCUGGAUGGCCCGGUAGAUGCCAUAUGGAUUGAGAAUCUCAACUCUGUGCUUGAUGAUAACAAAACACUGACCCUGGCUAAUGGUGACCGGAUAACAAUGUCCCCAUCCUGCAAGCUGGUGUUUGAGGUGCACAACAUGGAUAAUGCUUCCCCUGCUACUGUGUCAAGGGUGGGUAUGGUCUUCAUGAGCUCCUCAGCUCUCAGCUGGAAACCUAUUCUGAAGGUAUGGCUAUUUUCAAAAAUCAACAGGGAAAGUAGAGAGCAAAUGUUUCGCUUACUGUGAAGUGUUUAUGAUGAUCAUCUGCUUCGUGUUAUAGGGAUGGACUAACAAGCACAAUGCUAAAGAGGCAGAAAGCAUGAUCAGUUUGUAUGACAGGAUAUUUGAGGAUGCUUACUUGUAUGUGAAGCAGAACCUCAAACCCAAAAUGGAACUUCUGGAGUGCAACUAUAUGAUGCAGGUAUGUAGUGUCAAAACUGCUGAAAUCAAAAAAGGAUAAGAUUAUGGCUCUGACCUUUUAUUAAAACCACCCUCCAGUCUGUAAAUUUGCUAGAGGGCCUCAUCGCAGUCAAGACCAAAGGAGCUUUUGCAGGUAGCAAGCACCUUGAGCGCCUCUUCGUCUUCUGCCUGAUGUGGAGCUUGGGAGCUCUGUUGGAGUUGGCGGAUAGGGACAAACUGGAGGCUUACAUCAGAGCUCAUAACAGCAGCAUUGAUGUGCCUAAAACACAGUCAGGAGAGACUAUGUUUGAAUACAUGGUCAGCCAAACUGGUAAAGUCAUUUUGUGCUCUUUUCAUAUCUGUUUUCAAAACAAUUUUUCAGGCCUGGUAUGUCUCAAGUACAUCCCUUAUACUAUGAUUUCUGUUUUAGGCGAAUGGUGUCAUUGGAACAACCAUGUGGGAGAGUAUGUCUAUCCAACAGACCAUGUGCCAGACUACGCCUCCAUCCUUGUGCCAAAUGUGGAUAACACAAGAACCUCUUUCCUCCUGGAGACUAUUGCCAAACAGCGCAAGGUGAUCUUGACAUAUCUUUUAGAACUUCUACAGUAUUUGUCAUAGCAAAGCAUCUUCAUUUUGACUCAAAGUUGUUCUGUGAAUGAUGACCGUUAUAUUUUUUAUAGGCUGUACUACUUAUUGGUGAGCAAGGGACAGCCAAGACGGUAAUGAUCAAAGGCUACACCAAGAAAUAUGACCCUGAGACUGACCUGUUCAAAUCCUUAAACUUCUCCUCUGCAACAGAGCCCAUGAUGUUUCAGGUACAGCAGUACAUUUGUAACGAUGAGUUUGCAUGGAAUUAAUUAAGGAUUUUGUUUGGAAAGUCUGUGAUUUCUGUGUACAGAGAACAGUGGAAAGCUACAUUGAGAAAAGAGUUGGCAGCACCUAUGGACCACCAGGGGGGCGCAGGAUGACGGUCUUUAUAGAUGACAUCAACAUGCCCGUUGUCAAUGAAUGGGGGGAUCAGGUGCUUAUACUCAAGUUUUUUUGUGUAUCUGUUAAUGUGAAGUCAAAAUAACAUGUUAAAAAAUGACUGGUAAAUCGCUCUCAGAUGGUACACACCCCUUAUCUUACAACAGCUCACAGCAACUUAAGUAACAUGCUACAUAUACAGUUAGUUUUUGAUUUUUUUGUACAUUAUAUCCACAAUUAAAGCACAAUCUGUUCUCUGACUUAAAUUAACCCUCUGUACCUGUUGCGACGAGGGUCAACACACACACACACAAUGCUGGGAGACUUCCACACAUAGUGCAAGCUCAUUCAGAACUCUGUUUUUUCAAUCUUGAGUAGUUCAACACUUGACAUGGUGGAUAACAGAUUACGUUACAGGUGAAACAUGCAAAUACCCAACAAGAAAUUGGGUAAUUCAUACAAAAUUUUCCUGUAUUGUCAUGCCUCCCAAAUUUUAAUAUAUGUAGUCAGUUGUAAUUAUUGCAUUACAAACCUGUGACUAAAUUGAUUCAUCUUUUUAAUCUGCUGACAUAAAUUUGUACUGUAUAUGUACUCAUACAGACUUCUUAUGCAGUUCAGUUUUUCUAACUACUGUAUGUGACUUUCCAAUCAGAUCACCAAUGAGAUAGUACGGCAGAUGAUGGAAAUGAAAGGAAUGUACAAUCUGGACAAACCUGGAGACUUCACCACCAUAGUGGAUGUACAGAUCCUGGCUGCCAUGAUUCACCCAGGUGGUGGGAGGAAUGACAUCCCACAAAGGCUAAAGAGGCAGUUUACGGUCUUCAACUGCACUCUGCCAUCCAACACCUCCAUUGAUAAGAUCUUUGGUAGCUGUCUCGAAAGUGAAUCAUUUAUCUGCUCACUUUAGAUUGCAUGAAAACACAACAAUCCCUGUUUGUCUUUUUCUGCAGGUGUGAUUGGCUGUGGAUAUUUCCACUCAUGCAGGAAUUUCCAGUCUGAAGUAUCAGAUAUGGUUAAGUGUCUUGUGUCUGCUGGGAGAGUUUUAUGGCAGUGGACAAAGGUUAUUAUUAGAAAUGAUGUGCAAUAUGUUUUAGGCACUGAUUUUGGUUGAUUAAAACUUGAACUGAUACAUAAUUAUUCCCAUGAAAGGCAAAAAUGCUCCCUACACCAUCCAAGUUCCACUACGUCUUCAAUUUGAGAGAUUUGUCCAGGAUUUGGCAAGGAAUGUUAAACAUCAAGGCCGAGGAGUGUAAUGACCUCCCAACUCUUUUGGCUCUCUUCAAGACUGAAUGCGCAAGGGUGAUUGCUGACAGGUACUGUGCUUAGUGAUGCUCAUUUCUGUUUCAGCCACAUUUGAAUUGACAACUAAAGCAAGCAGUUUUUUUUUCCUCCUGAAGAUUUAUUUGCUCUGAGGACAGAGAGUGGUUUGAGACGGCCAUGACUCGCCUGGUUAAAGAGCACGUUGACUCCAGCCUUGUCCAGAAACUUCAUCCAGAGCCGUACUUUGUGGACUUUAUGCGGGACGCUCCCGAGCCAACUGGAGAAGAAGAUGAUGAUGCUUGUUUUGACGCCCCUAAAGUUUAUGAAAUGGCAAGAACUUUUAAUUGGACCAUUAGCAGAUAUUUAUACUAAAGCUUCAGAAAACUAACCAUGUAUUUUAACAAACUCUACCCUAGGUGCCAAGUUUUGAGGUCUUGUCAGAAAAGCUGAUGAUGUAUCAGGCUCAGCACAAUGAAGUUGUUAGAGGCUCCAGUCUGGACCUGGUUUUCUUCAAGGAUGCUAUGACUCAUCUUGUCAAGGUCAGUUGGAAAGCCAGUCUAAGUCAAAGUUAAAGUAAGCUAUAGAUAAUUCUCAUUUAUUUAUUUUUUCUUAUAGAUUUCCAGAAUCAUUCGAACUGAUAACGGAAAUGCACUCCUCGUGGGAGUGGGAGGAUCAGGAAAACAGAGCUUGACUCGCUUGGCUUCAUACAUAGCUGGAUACAGCAUUUUCCAGAUUACACUGACAAGGUAAAAGUUGGGUCAUGAGAUGGUAUACAAGCAAAACUCAAACACACUUACACUUUCCAAUAUUACAUUGAUUGCAAGGGAAAAUAUAAAACUUGAAUUAUUUAUGUUGAUUACUGGUAAAUAUUUGACCUUUGUCAAAACAAAUAUAACAUGCUAUACCCGUAUCAGCUUAUUUCUUUUCACCUCAGUUGUUGAGAAAAUAAAAUACUAACCUUGACUGUAGGAGUUUGUCACCAUUGUUAUUUUUGAUUAUUUAAAAAAAAAUACUUGGGAUCUGGGAGUUACAAUUAUAAACAUAUAGUUAUAAAAAAUAUAUGUAUUAUAGUCUAUGAAAAAGAUGAGCCUGUUGAUUUUACUUGAUAGCUACAAUUGAAAGGGUCAUGAUGUACGGCCAAAGUUCCCAAAUAGUUGCAAACUUGAAGCUCAUAUAUGUGAUACUUUGCAUUGUUUUUACUGACCAAAAAUGUACACUAUGUAUUUUUGAUGGGAAACACAUAAUUGGGGAAAAAGUAGAAAAAAUAAAAACCAAUCAUGCCUUGCUUUUUUUUUUAAAGAGCUGCAUCUGUACCCCAUGUAUUUAUACCCUGUUUAAGCAUUCUAUUAAAUGCCUACAGUUUACUCUUAGCAUUCAAGAAAUAUCUAUGAGGUAUUCUAAAAAGAUUUAAAUGCCACACUUUUGCUUUGUUACUUCUUUAGAACAUACAACAUCAGUAAUUUCAUGGAUGACCUGAAAGUGUUGUAUAAGACAGCUGGAGCUGAGGGAAAAGGCAUCACCUUCAUUUUUACAGACAAUGAAAUAAAAGAUGAGGCCUUCCUGGAGUAUCUCAACAAUGUCCUUUCCUCUGGAGAGGUGAGAAUGUCACUUGACUUCUAUGAACAGAAGUUCCACUUCAUUACUAUCAAAUCCAGCUGAGUCUUUAUUGAGAAAAUGUGGUCUAAUUGACCUAACUGACUUGUGUGCAGGUCUCAAACCUUUUUGCCAAAGAUGAGAUAGAGGAAAUCACCCAAAACCUGAUCCCUGUGAUGAAAAAGGAGUUUCCUCGUAUUCCACCAACUUUUGACAAUCUCUAUGACUACUUCAUAUCCAGAUCCAGAAAGAAUUUGCAUGUAGUCCUUUGCUUUUCACCGGUAGGUUCAAAGUUUGUGUUGUUAUAUUACCCAAAAACAAAGACUCAAAGGUACUUCAGACUUUGUAUUCUCGCCCAAUCACCAUGCACCCCUAAAAUGUAGCAGUCAGUAUUUUCUCUGACAUAUCCACUUUCUCUUUACAGGUGGGGCAAAAGUUCCGCUCCAGAUCUUUGAAGUUUCCAGGGUUAAUUUCUGGCUGCACAAUGGACUGGUUCACCCCUUGGCCCAAUGAUGCCCUGGUGGCUGUAUCCAACUACUACUUGUUAGAUUUUCCUAUGGUUUGCUCUGCUGAAGUUAAAGCUUCUUUGGUGACCACCAUGGGUGUAUAUCAUGACAAAGUAUCUGAUGCCUGUGAAAGCUACUUUGAGAGGUAUACCAUGAUACCAUUUAGGCUGUUUAAAGUUCUAUUCCGAUAAGCCCAUUGGUUUUGUCGGUGGACUUAUGUUGUUUUUAUUUCAGGUUCAGAAGAAGGACUCAUGUCACCCCCAAAUCCUACCUCUCUUUUAUUAAUGGUUACAAAACGUUGUACACUGAAAAGCACGACUUUAUUAACACACUGGCAGAGCGCAUGAACACAGGUAAGGACAAUAAAUGCAGGAGCUAAGAUAUACUAUCAGAAGGACAUAGGGGGACAGCAAAUUAUAGAUUUCCCAGCAAAAUUGAUGUAACCUAUCUAUUUCCAGGAUUGGCCAAACUUAAGGAAGCUAGUGAGUCUGUGGCUCAGCUAUCCAAAGAUCUUGAGGUCAAAGAAAAGGAACUGGCUGUGGCAUCUGCCAAAGCUGACAAGGUAGAAACACAGGCUUCAGCCUCCUGUACAUGCAUAGAUAGUUGAUGGACGGACUUCAGCAGAAAUGUUCUCAAAUUAGAAUUACAAAGUGACAUGACACAUCUUGGUCAUAAUGAGAAAAAAAAAACUUCUGAACACUAGUCCAACGCCACAGGAAUAACUCUUAGGUUGAAGUCUGUUUGUGUGAUUAACUGCAUUUAUUUUCAUAAUGGUGCUGAAAGGUGGUGGCAGAGGUGACCGUUAGCGCUGAAGCUGCAACAGUCGUCAAGAAUGAAGUCCAGGUUGUGAAGGAUAAAGCUCAGAAAAUUGUGGAUGGCAUUGAGAAAGAGAAAGCUAUUGCUGAGGAAAAACUGGAGGCUGCCAGGCCAGCGUUAGAGGAGGCUGAAGCUGCACUUAAUGUGAGAUUUGUGUUACUUCUUUGAACAUCAUUUUAAUGGUAUAUUUACACCAUGCAAAGUGCACUCACUGAUAUGCUGCUAUAAAAGUUAAAGAUGGAGAAAAUAAAUGAUUGCUUCUUCAAAAUAUCUUGCAGACUAUCAAGCCUGCUGAUAUUGCCACUGUGAGAAAACUGGCCAACCCUCCACAUCUGAUCAUGAGGAUUAUGGACUGCUGUGUGCUGUUAUUCCAAAAGAAGUUGGAUACCGUCACAAUUGAUCAGGAACGACUUUGUGUGAAGCCAUCCUGGGGAGAGGCUCAGAAGGUAAAAACAAAAAUUUCCCCCCAGUUACUCAGCCUUCCCAUGUAAUACCUUCAUUCUAAUACCUUAACAGUUAUUUACCUUCUGAAGUAACUCUUGACUCCCUUUUUUUCUCUUUAGCUUAUUAGCUCUACUGGUUUCUUGACCUCCCUCCAGCAGUUCAAUAAAGAAAAAAUUAAUGAAGAAGAAGUUGAACUGCUACAGCCUUACUUUGACCAGCAGGAUUACACAAUGGGCAGUGCUAGGAAAGUGUGUGGUAAUGUAGCUGGUCUGCUAGCAUGGACGAGGGCCAUGGCUACAUUCUAUGGCAUAAACAAAGAAGUACUACCACUCAAGGUAGAGUAAGUCUUUGGCCUUGGUGAUUUUUGGUUUAAAUGUUGGGCUUUGAGCCUUUGAAACUUAGCUUUCUGUUCACAGUCCUCUCCUAAAUUAUUUAAUAAGAAUGACUGCAAUAUAGGCAAUACUUUAUGAAAAUGAUAAAAGCACCACUUGAACUAUGCUUCUCAAUUUGCCUUUUGUGGUUUUGUGAGCUUCAUUAUCACUUGUAUAUCCUCAGGCCAACCUCUGCGUCCAAGAAGGUCGGUUAAGACGGGCAAAUAAUGAGCUGAGCCAGGCUGAGACCCUGCUGGCUGAAAAACAAGCAGAAUUUGACCAAGUGAAGGCCAAAUGUGAUGCUGCUAUGAAGGAGAAACAGGUGUGUUCACCCCUUCAAACAUUUUUAACAAUUUAACGAUCUCCAUCUUAAAAACGUUAUUUUGUAUCACUUAAAAAAAAUGUUUUUUCAGGACUUGCUUGAUGAUGCUGAAAUGUGUAAGAAUAAAAUGCAGGCCGCAUCUGCACUUCUCAAUGGACUUAGUGGAGAGAAAGUUCGCUGGACAGAGCAAAUGAAAGAAUUCAAGUCACAGAUCAAAAGGUGGGUUGCAUGGAAAUUCUCCAAGGAACCAACAUCCCAACAGAAUGUUUAUCAUAACUGGGACUAGAACUGGUUGUGUGAGUGGAUGUUUACCUUUUUAAUCAUGAAAGUGUUUUCAGUGAAGUUUUGCUUGUCAUGGCAGACUUGUUGGUGAUGUGCUCCAGCUUACUGGCUUCCUGUCUUACUGUGGGCCAUUCAACCAGAGCUUCAGGGACAUGCUAUUGAAAGAAGUCUGGGAGGCGGAGCUGAUUAGACAUGAAAUCCCUUUUACGAGAAACCUCAACCUCAUUUCGUCCCUUGUAGAUCCUCCAACUGUAAGAGCAACACAAAUUUAGGUACUCACUACAUGAGAGGUUAUUUCUGCAAUACUCAAAUACAUGCUCCUGUUUAUAUUCAAGAUAAGUGAGUGGAACCUUCAAGGACUCCCAGGAGAUGACCUCUCUGUGCAGAAUGGCAUCAUUGUCACAAAAGCAACAAGAUAUCCCCUCCUCAUUGAUCCCCAGACUCAGGGGAAGGCUUGGAUCAAGGAAAAAGAAAAGUCCAACUCAUUUCAAGUACACUAAGAAAUACAGGCAGAGGUCUUUGCUCAUUUUAGAUUUUAUUAUCAUAAAAAUAAUAUCUUUCUUCUCUCUUUAAGGUGACAUCACUCAACCACAAGUUCUUUCGCUCUCACUUGGAAGACUGUCUUUCUUUGGGACACCCACUGCUCAUUGAAGAUGUGUGUGAAGAGUUGGACCCUGCUCUUGACAAUGUUCUUGAGAAAAACUUUAUUAAAUCUGGGACCAGUUUAAAGGUAGCCUGCAGUGAUACCCACUCAGUCCAACGAAACACCUGAAACAAAUAAAUAUGCUCUUUUACGUUCAUGAAUUUCUCUUUUAUAGGUUAAAGUUGGAGACAAGGAGGUUGAUGUGAUGGAUGGCUUCCAGCUCUAUAUAACCACCAAACUUCCUAAUCCAGCAUACACCCCAGAAGUCAGUGCCAAGACAUCAAUUAUUGAUUUCACUGUAAACAUGAAGGGCCUGGAGAACCAGCUACUUGGUCGUGUCAUCCUUGGAGAGAAACAUGUAAGUUUCUGUGCGCAAUUUUUUUUUUCCUACGAUAUUUUAGCAACAUUAUAUAUUAUCACUUCAGACUAAGAUCGAAACAAGAAACACUUCAAGCUCAAGACCUAGAAAUAGACUGUAAAAGAUCACUGGGCAGCCUUUAAACUCCAAAAGCAGGGUUUAUUUCUGUAAAGUAACUGUGUUCAAGUAUUAAGCCCUGAAAAUGGAAUACGCCCUCAACUGCAUGUGAAUUUGUGUUGCAUAAGUUCUGGGAGCUAUUUGAAUUUUUACGCAGGAACUGGAGGCAGAAAGAUUGAAGCUAAUUGAGGAUGUCACUGCAAAUAAGAGAAAGAUGCAGGAGUUGGAAGACAACUUGCUGUAUAAACUUAGCAGCACAAAAGGUACAACAGAUCACUGUGUGGAUUGGUUCCAGGUUCCUUGCCAUUGUAAACUUGUGAGAGUUAAAAGUGUGUUUAUGUGUUCAAAGGUUCCUUGGUUGAUGAUGACUCCAUGAUUGGCAUUCUAAGUACAACCAAGCAAACUGCCGCUGAAGUGAGCGAAAAGCUCCAAGUUGCAGCAGAAGCAGAGUUGAAGAUCAAUGCAGCUCAAGCAGAAUAUCGUCCCGUUGCAUCCCGAGGGAGCAUCCUUUACUUCCUGAUUACAGAAAUGAGCAUGGUCAAUGUCAUGUACCAGACGUCUCUGGGUCAGUUCCUCAAAAUCUUUGACCUGUCAUUGGAAAGGUAAGCUACCACACAAAGAACCAUGCUGUAUGUGCUGUUAUGCAUUUAUGUAAAAACUAAACAGUUGUCUUUGUAACUGUAAUCUCACUGAAUGUGGUAGCAUUGUUCAUCUUAACUUUUUAGUUUUUCACAUCAUGGGCAUGCUUUUACAGGUCUGAGAAGUCCUCCAAAACUCAGAAGCGAAUUGCAAACAUCAUUCAAUAUCUGACCUAUGAAGUGUUCAGGUACACUGCGAGAGGUUUAUAUGAAAACCACAAGUUCAUCUUCACACUCUUGCUGGCCCUCAAGAUUGACUUACAGAAUGAAAAGAUAAAGCAUGACAAAUUUCAGAUUCUCAUUAAAGGUAAGAUAACCAAUGGGAAAAGAAAAUGUUUGCAUACUUUUUAAUUUGCUGCAGCAUCAUUUUAACAUGAUAACUUCUUUGAAUAAAACAACAGGCGGCGCUGCUCUGGACUUGAAGACCUGUCCUCCAAAGCCAUUUGGGUGGAUUCAAGAUAUGGUCUGGUUAAACUUGGCGGAACUCAGCAAGUUACCAGAGUUCAUAAACAUCAUAGACCAGGUGAGCUGUAGUCCCAGGUUUGAUUCAAUUCAUUUCAAAAAGUCUGUGGGAAAAGUUGUCGCCAAUCACACAUUUUGCAGGUUUCUCACAAUGGAAAAGCCUGGAAAGCAUGGCUCAACCUUGAUGCUCCAGAGGAAGGUGUCAUCCCUGAUGGAUACAACUCCUCUGAUGUCUUUGAGAAGCUCUUGCUCAUAAGGUUAGACAUGCUGCUGGUCACAAUGCUUACCUGUCUAUAUAAACAACAUGAUACUAAAUAUAGCAUUUCUCCACAGGUCUUGGUGUCCUGACCGCACUUUGUCACAGGCCAGAAAAUACGUAGCAAAAUCAAUGGGAAUGAGAUUUGCUGAGCCGGUCAUCUUGAACCUCCACACCACAUGGCAGGAAAGUGACCCUCCCACCCCUCUUAUUUGCUUCCUCUCUAUGGGCUCAGAUCCUACUGAGCAAAUCGAAGCACUUGCUAAGAAACUUAACCUCGGUGAGCUUUGCUGGCCUGCUUGCGAUCUUUUAUCAUUAGCUUCCCCUAACUGUGAUGAAUCAGACAUACACAGGUUUUUAUGAACUUACCAUAUGGUCAUGUCUUAUAGAAUGUAGAGCUAUUUCCAUGGGACAAGGGCAAGAGGUCCAUGCAAGGAAACUCAUCCAGACAUCCAUGGAACAGGUGUGUAUGGGGGGAAAAACUGGUAGUAGGAAUAAUAGCUGUGAUGAUAGUAGACUUUGUGACCUUAUACCUUCUGCAUCCUGAUGUGUUCAGGGUGGCUGGGUCCUCCUGCAAAAUUGUCACCUGGGUCUGGAGUUUAUGGAUGAGUUGCUGGAAACUAUCUCAACUACAGAGUCAAUGCAUGAUACUUUUAGAGUGUGGAUCACUACAGAGCCCCACAAUCGAUUCUCCAUCACUCUCCUGCAGGUGAUUUUGUGUAACAUUUUAUUAACCUAUCAAGUGCAUACCACAAUUUUCUGAUCCAAGGUCUUGAAUUUAUCUUGAACACUCAUAUGCAGUAAAUGUUUAACUUAUACCUUACAUUUCUCAACUCUUUACCUGUAGUCCUCUAUUAAGUUUACCAACGAUCCACCUCAGGGGAUACGGGCCGGCCUGAAACGAACAUUUGCAGGAAUAUCACAGAACCAAUUGGAAGUCAGCAACCUUCCCGCGUGGAAGCCUCUGCUGUACACUGUGGCCUUCCUCCACUCUGCUGUGCAGGUACUGUCUGCUCUGAAGUUACUGAUGAGAUAAAGCAGUCAGGAGAGGCGAACACACCGAAUUGUAAUUCUGCAGUAAGAGAUGUUGGGUGAAAGAUGAAUAUUUUAAUUCCCAUUAAAAGUGAUUCAACAUUGCACUCAUUCACAUGAAAGAGAAUUAAGAAAAACAUAGAUAGUAGGCCUUCUGGAGGGCUGUGUAAUGUAUAUUAAAGGAAAGUGAGUACAAUUUAGUCUAGCUUGUGGAGGGUAUUAUUUUAUAGAUGAUCAUUUGUUUUGUUUUGAUUUGUUUUGUUUUUUCAAUUCAGGAACGACGUAAAUUUGGGCCAUUGGGUUGGAACAUCCCAUAUGAAUUUAACUCCGCUGACUUCAGUGCAAGUAUUGAAUUUGUUGAAAGACACCUAGACGACUGUGGCCCAAAGAAGGUGAUUUCUGGCCAAAGUAGUCCAAUGUUUCACCCAUGACAUUGUCGAACAUUUUCCUUACCUUACUGUUUGUUUGUUUGUUUUUUUACUUUAACUGCUAGGAUGUGUCAUGGGUAACUGUGCGAUACAUGCUGGCUGAGGUGCAAUAUGGAGGAAGGGUUACAGAUGACUAUGACAAACGGCUGCUGCAGUGUUUUGCACGGGUAAUAAUCUAAUUUUUGUGCCCGCUCUUGUCAGUUGUACUUAAUUUGUCACAGUACUUAAAGUAGCUGUUCUUCUAAUUACAGGUAUGGUUCAACAAAAAGAUGUUUGACCCAUCGUUUGUCUUCUACACUGGUUACAAAAUUCCUGUGUGCAAGACAGUAGAGAAGUACAUGGAAAACAUCCGGAGCCUGCCAACUGUUGAUUCCCCUCAAGCUUUGGGGCUACAUCCUAAUGCUGAUAUCACGUGAGGAAAUGUUUUUCCAAAAUCAUCAGUCGAUAAGUCACUGUGCCUGUAAUGUAUGUGCCUACUCAGUUUUAUAUUGUUGCUAUUACAGUGAUUAUGUUGUUUCUAAUUUUGAAUAGGUAUCAGACAAACACAUCUGCUGAAGUGCUGGAGACAAUCACAAAUAUCCAGCCAAAGGAAAGUGGAGGCGGAUCCGGAGUGACCCGAGAGUCAAUUGUUUACGACAUGGCGCAAGACAUGUUGGAAAAGCUGCCGCCUAAUUAUGUGCCACAUGAGGUCAGUUUGAUUAGUAAUAAGGGUUUAGGAAGCCCUUUUAUGAAUGACGAAAAUCUGAUCUCUUCAAUUUUUAUGGAUGUAGGUCAAAGCCAGACUGGUGGCGAUGGAUGCACUUAAACCGUUGAACAUCUUCCUUCGUCAGGAGGUGGAUAGAAUGCAAAGAAUCAUCAGUGUUGUGCGCACUAGCUUGACUGACCUGAAGCUUGCAAUUGAUGGUACAAUCAUCAUGAGUGAGGUCAGAUUAUUUCUAAACCUUUCUAAGAUACAUUUGCUUUGUACAGUAUCAAUAAAAGUCCUCCAAAGACUAUGACUAUGGAAUAUUCCAGCAAAAUAGAUUUCUCUGAAGGGUUUGACAUGCCAUCAAACUAUGACAUUGCGUUUCACUCUACAUAGAACCUCCGUGAUGCCCUUGACAACAUGUUUGAUGCCCGUGUGCCAAAUCUGUGGAGGAAAAUCUCCUGGGAGUCAUCCACACUGGGAUUUUGGUUCACAGAGCUUCUUGAGAGGAAUAAACAGUUCCACAGCUGGGUGUUUAAAGGAAGGCCCAAAACAUUCUGGAUGACAGGGUUCUUCAACCCUCAGGGUGAGUGAGACUUAGCUCAAGAUAAAGACCACAGCCGUUACUGGCUGGUUUUAUCAGUGCUUAAAUAACUGUAUCUUUGAGCUUUUAAAAAGUAAAUUCAUCUUAAGACAUAAUUCCCCAUCAGUUAACAAAUGCUUCUCAUGCGUUUCUCUCGGCAAUAUUUUUAGGUUUCCUUACAGCGAUGAAACAAGAAGUAAAAAGAGCAAACAAGGGCUGGGCUCUAGACACAGUCACCCUGCACAACAAAGUACUAAACCAAACGAAGGAGGAGAUAAAGUCCCCACCUGAAGUAAGUGGAAAAGCACGCAAAUAAUAAAACAACUAUCUAUGAUCGAUGCAAUAACUGCAACAGUGUUGUCUACUUGUGUUUUUAAUUAGGAGCAAUUUUUUUUCUAUUGAUGUUUUUUCCUCAAGAAUCAAGCUUCUAUCAUUUGCUGCUUCUUCCCAAUAGGAAGGAGUUUAUGUUUACGGUCUUUACCUGGAGGGUGCUGGCUGGAACAGGAAGAACAGUGUUCUCGUUGAGUCCUCACCCAAAGAGCUUUUCACACCCUUGCCUGUCAUCCACAUGUUCGCCAUAAACUCCACUGCCCCUGUGGAUCCCAAGCUUUAUGUCUGUCCCAUCUACAAGAAACCACGGCGUACAGAUCUGAACUACAUCACAGCAGUGGUGUUACCCACCCUCCAGCCACCAGACCACUGGAUCUUGCGUGGGGUUGCCCUGCUUUGUGACAUCAAAUAAAAUUUAGUAGCAUGUCCUUAUUGAAACAUAUUACCCAUAAUAAUAAAUUCUUUUCAUCAUCAUAUCCCUGUGUAGAGGUUUACUUCAGAUAGUUACAUUUUAGAAUCUAUUACAGUUUUAUUGAUUUAUUAGUUAUUGGGGGAAAAUUUUGCCUUUAUUAAAUAAGACAACUAAAGAGACUGUGAAG